GAAAAAUCGAACAUGGCGGCCGCCUAGAGUUAAAACCAAGUUGAUGGUGAAUGGAUCUUUGUGAUCCUGUUAGCAUUGUUUUGGUAACAGCUGGGAGUAGAGGACAGAGCCUUUUAUUUAGAUAUCCAUUUACAGCGCCAUGCCGUACAGAACAGAAGGAGAAAGGUAAUUUGCACGGCAUCUAUCAGUUAGCGCGUCAAGAGCGCGUAGCCUGUGAACACUGACAGCCGCCCCUUAUGCAGAUCUCGGAGGCUGUGGUGGUAACAUCUUCCUAGAUUUGCAUAAUUCUUCAGAUCAGAAUCAACCUCAGCCAAUGAUUGCCAAAUAUAAUAUUGUGCAAUUGAAUAAACUUGCUGAAUUGUUGAGCUCCUGUGAAAAGUCCUUCUCUAAAAUUAAUAAAGUUUGCUGAUUCAUUCAUUUUUAAUUUGUUGUUAAAGUCGCUGGGUGAAAGAGUUUAAAAAUACAUUGCUUUGAUUGCAAUAAACUACAUUAAGUACACCAAGCGUAAAGGAAACCAAAGUCAUUAAGCCCGAAGCUCUAUUUUAGUAUUUAGGGGACUGCAAUGCACUAGUAAGUGGAAAGCCCCACACCCCAAUACCUGGGGAAUUAGCGGGAGACUUAGCGAUUUUAGAUUGUCAUUUGUGCCAUGGUAUGCAGGGUUUUCAACUGUAUUUGACACAAGAGUCAGUGCCUGAUUGGGGACAUUUAGCAUUGUUUAGCUGGGGAUUUGUCUUCAACGCCAUCUUGAAAUAGGCAUAGAACAGGAACAGAAGCAUAAAUCACUCUACUUGCACUGCUAACCUUACUUCUGAAGGAAGUGACUGGAAUAUUCUUCUAGGUGGGCAUAUAAACUGGAGAGCUAAUGAACAUGUAACCAUAAUUGCUUGGAGACAUGAAGUUAGCUCAAGGUAGAAUAUUAUUCAAUUGUACAGCAUUGUUGAUUUAACUAUUUGCAAAAGUUCAACUCAAGAAAAAGAAGUACUGUGUUGCCCUGGGGACGGGAAGAAAAGUGACGUUUUGAUGCUCAGAAUUGCUCUUUAUAGCAGGGAGUUUGUUAUGUUUAGAAGGCAGGCCAAGUCUAAUGCCCCGCUAUUCCUCUGGGAUGGGGUGAGGGGCUUUCUAUGAACUAGUGUAUAAAGUGACACAAUGAAGCUAUCUUCAGGACUCUUGUUUUUAACUCACAAAAAACUAAGUUGCAAUGCUAGAGACGCUUGUGAUUUCAGAGAUAUUAUAGAAGGCUAGUGCUGAUCUUUUUCAUUUUUUAUUUGUAUUUCAACUUCUGCUUUACAGUACCGUUUGUUAUUUUAGAGGAAGUGGAUGUAUUGUGUUGGCACCCAGAUCCCCUUGUUGGGUCAAGGAACACCCGGCUGUGGUUUUCAAGGACCACGAGUCAGGUGAAAGGUUUGGGAGGUUUGGCUCAGUCAGCACAGAGAGUUGCCGGGGGGGUGGGGGGGUGGGGGGAGGCAUUUAUUGGAGGGAGGCAUAUAAUACAAACUUAAUAGUGGGGGGCAUUUAUUAAACAAAAGGCAUUUAAUUGAGAGAGUGGGUCUAUUAGAUAAUUUACGGUACACAGUUUCUGGGAAAUAGCACAUAAACCAAGGAGAAAUGAUUGCAACAGUGUUUCUUUACUUAAGUCGAAAGCAAACUGCAGCAGUUUGUCCCUUUCCAAAAUUACUAUAUUUUCAAGAGGACAUUCUUGCUCAGAGGCCUUCAACUAAGCUUAAGUUAGAAUAUUUAUCUUGUAGAAAUCCCUAAGAAUCGCUUUGCACUGGCAAAGAAAGAGGAGAACACAGAUACAAGGUAUGUAGUGAGGUUUGUCAUUGCCAUUUUGAUUAUAAUAAUGGUGAUAAAAUUGAACUGAGUGGUCAGAGUGAUAAGAAUCAUACUCAUGAUUUCUAAAAUGGAAGGAGCAUGCAGUGUGAGUUUAAUUUGAAAUCCCAGGUAUGAUUUCAGAUUUCAAAGAAAGUUUGCAAGUUACAGAGUUCAAUUACUACUUUCAUUACCACUUGGUGUUUUUUCCUGGGGUCAAUUUAAUAAAACUUUUACAAGUGUAAUUUACAAGUGUAGCCAUUGUUUUAGAGUCUGAGAACAAUAGCUACUCUUGUAAAUUACACUGUCUUGUAGGAGUUUUAUUUAAUUGACCCCAAUAGCCUAAUAUUUUUUAAAAAAGCAGAACCUUGAAUGCUUUUAUUGAUUAACAUCUCAUUUUGUAUGCAAAACUAUGCAGUUUAGAUUAACAUGAUGUAAUUUAGAGUGAGAACAAAAAUGUUCUGACUCAGUCAUUAGAGCACAUGAAACUUAAGGUCAGUACACACUAGUUAGACAAGUCGCGGCAACACAUCGCGGUGACAAAUCGCUUUGUGUGUACAGGAGAAUUAUUGUGAAAAUCUUUGUCUCUUUAACAGAAUUUUGUCGCAGCAGCAUGUCGCAAAAAAUCAAAUCGUACAGAAUUUGUGCGACUUGUUACGGCAACAGAAUUCUGUUGCAGAGACAAAGAUUUUCACAAACAUUAUCCAGUACACAUCAUGGGAUUUGUCACUGUGAUUUGUCACUGCAAUGUGAUCCUACAACUAGUUGCCCAACAUGUACACACGGAGUGAUCUGUUGCUGCAACUUGUCACCUAGUUUGUUCCGACCUUCAGGCCCCGGUUUCGUGAAAGAUGGUUAAGUUUUACCCAGGAUGAAGCAAAAUUCAAAGCACGUUUUUCUCGUCUAAGAACGUGCAAGUUGAGGUUACAAAGUACUGUUGAUCCUUUACAACGAGACAUGGAAAUGAUAACACAAAAUGCCACCCUAAGCAAUGUAUAGGAAUGUAAAGUGCAAAAAUGAAACAAAAUUUUAAUCCUGGAUUAACGCUAUUCGGCGUUUCAGGAACCGGGCCCAGACCUUUAGACCUUUUUAUUGUGCAGUCUGUUUACAAAUAAAUCAUGUUGCUGAGAGCCAAUCAGGAUGCAAGGAUCACCACUUAUUUCAAAAUGGAUGCAAUAAAUAGCAACAGAUUAUAAUUUAUUGCAAUUAAUUAACCAGAUAUGUAAUCUUUCUUUUUUGUUGUCUGAAUUUAUGCAUUGUUUUGGGAGGGUUUAUUAUUACCGGUAGUUUGUUUCCUCAUUUCCUUUAGACAAAUUUUGUCAAAUGAUCUUUUGUUUCAUUUUUUUUCAGAAAUUUCUCCGGAAUAAAAGAUGGUCACCUUGUUGGGUAUGAGAAGAUUUUGGUUUGGUUUCUUUGUUUGUAUAUUUUUACCUACAGCUGAUAACCAUUUUGUUGCAGUUAUUGUUGUAUUUUACGGCAAGGCUGUCAUGGUUCUCUUCUUUGAUGAAUUUUUUAUUGACUGGUUCACCAGGAAACGUUUUCUUAGAAUCCCAACUUUCUCUUGCUGUUUAUAGCUUCUCUGAUAGCACGCUGGCAAACAUUUUAUCACCCCAGUCUGAUGCAUGUGGUACCAAAUUUGAGUUAAAGGUAGAGGAAGUUUUGUUUGUUGGCCAUCCAAUGUUGGCUUACAAAAGACAAGAUCGGGAAUUUAAGGUAGGAGACAACCAGGUGAUGUUGCUAGUAUUACCAGGAAUAAGAAAAUUUUCAUUACAUUAUAAUACUAAUUUUUAUAAUGACCUGUUCUAGUCUAUAUAAAUAUUAAACUGAAUUUUAUACAACUUGUUUAGAGAAAUGAUGGCUCAUCUAGGAAGGAUGAUGUGAUGAUGAAACUUUUCAAUGUCGUUUUCGUUCUUCAGGUAAAUGUCUAUUUGUUUCAGUGCUGUGUUUAAAACAGUUAAUCUGGGUGUAAAAUUUUUUUUAGUAUAUUUGUUACAGGUGAAAAUUAUAUUUAGGUUAAAAUUUUUUAACCUAGGUUGAUUUUCAAUUUCCUUUGUUUCCUAGCCCUAAUUAUUCAUGUAUUAGGUCUAGGAGAUGAAGGCAAAUGAAGAUCAACCCUAAGGUUAAAAAAUUUUAACCUAAACAUAAUUUUGUCCUAUGACAUGUUUAUACAGUGGAACCCUCUAUGAGCUUCAACUGUUAAGCGUUUCCUCAAACUGACACUGUGAACCAAUGCAUGACCGUAAAGUGAACCCCUUUACCUUUGGUCCCAGUAGUUUGAAGUUCAUUAUCACAAACCCUGGGUUUAAUUUCAAGUUGGGUUCCUACUUCUUUUGUCAAAAGGCAUUGUCUCUCUUUAUUUUAACUUGUUAUACAUGAAAUACACUGUAUUAUAAUAUUGUAGGGGAGAACAAUUUAUGAGAAUUAUAUAUUACUGGUGCUUCAUAAAAGAUCAGAUCUGAAUUCAAAUUUCUUGUGUACCCUGGGUUAUCUUAACGCACUUUUGAAUGAACAGGCCCAGGAGAUUUGGCCAAAAAACCCUCUUUGAAGUUAGUUGUCUAAGUUGAGCCUUUUCUGGUCAGCCAAAAGAAAGCGAAAAAACACAAAACAUUGUUUACAAGUUGAGCACUAUACUGUGUUUUGUUUGUGAUUCCAAAUUAUGGCUUUCUAAUUCAGGGAAUCAACACAUCCGUUUCUUUUUUCUCAGCAAGGUUAUUUCAAUCUGUUGUGUUCUGUAGGCAAGUGUUGAGCCAUCUGUUGUCGACUGCUACCAUGAUCUAACCAAGAGAAUUGCUAUUGCCCUGAAACAUGAGGAAAUAAGGUAAAGUUAACUUUGAAAUUUUAUCUUCAUUAGUUCAUGAUUAAAUUUCAAAAUAUCAUAAUAAUUUAACACCUUAAGAGCAAUGUGGCUGAAUGAAAAUUAGAGGAAUGAGCAAACAUGUUUCAUGACAAACACGGUUAUGUAUAAUAAGUAUUUUCUAUUAAAUUUUGGAUAAAUGCAUUUGUGGAAGGCUUUUUAAAAGAAAUCCUAUCAUACAGAAUAAUCUUUUUUAAUAAUGACCCUGUUAUUAUGCCAUAUUUAAUCAAAGUUCACCAAAAUUGUGCUCAACAAUAUUUUUUAGGUGCAGAUACCUAAGCUCAGAAAGGGAAGCAAUGCUUUCAGUACAUGAUGAAAUGUCUACUAUGCCGGAAGGUAUUAAUAAUAAUAAUUAUAUAAUAUUAUUUUUGCAAACCAUGUCUGUCACAUUCAGUAACAUUCUCUGUUUAUUAUUUAAAGAUUGGUGAAAAGAUUUGUCUUUAAAAUAACUGAAAUAACUAUGCAUUUUUUUUUUGGCAACAGAUUGUGCAGAAACACCAUUUCAACACAUUCUUCCUAGGAGUAAGCUCGCAAGGGACUUGAAAGAUGUCUUCAAAAGGUUUGCUCACUUGUUCAUGUUAUUGCAUGUAUUGUAUGUAUUUUGGUUUUGUGAUUGGCAGACGUCAGUUCGUAUUAUUUUUGUUAGUGGCCAUUCACUGUUGUAUCUUUCUGAGUAGAGAUCCUGGAAAGACGAUUUGGGCCCAUUUGCGGAUUUGUUUCCUAACAGUUGGCGUCUUUGCUGUUAGCUGCAAAUAAAAGUUGGUCAUUGGACAAUGUGUGGCUGAAAUCUGCCCAUACCUGACAAAAUCAUACCUCUUUUUGUAGCUGAAGAUUUGCAUGGUAAUAAAAGGAAUAAUUAAAUAUCAACAUAUGUAUAUCCAACCACAUUUAUGGUUUUUUGGACUGAGAUAUGGUGAUUUGAUUGGACAGUCAUGCCCCUUCUACAAAGAAAAAUUAUUUGCAGGCCUGUUUGCUGAAGUGUUUUUCCUUCAGAAAUUGCAUUAAUGAAUAAUAUUAUAGAAGUGUAUCAAAGUAUGAACAGCACAGAAUCUGACAGUUUGAUACACUGUCAUUUUGUCAACUGCUUGUUUCUAUUUUGUGUGCUCCACAGCUUGUGUGCUACAGGAUCAGUAAGGCUAAAAAUUAAUGGAUGGGUUAAUGUUAGUUUCUGUCUUCCUCACAAAGUCCACAACUUAAACAUGGGAACAAUUCACAUUAAAGUAAGUCCAUAUAGAUGUUGAAAGAACUUUCUGUGUUUUCGUUUUUCUAACUUACAUUAAUGACAUAGUAAAAUAAGGGUAUUUCAUGAACACAAUUACCAAGAAAUCUUCUUCUUCUUCAUAUGUUUAUUUGUCCUUCUUCAGUGUUAUUUUGUUAUAUUAGUGUAGGGGCUAAACAGUAUGUAACUUCAGAAACAAAUACCGGUAUUCCAUAGUGAACAAUUAAAAGGUUAGAACUUCCAGGUGCUUGCAUAGGCUGAUUGUCUAGGUAUGACGUGAAGGAUGGAGUUGACCGGGAUGAGUAGUUGACCUUGUGCCUUCCAUGAAAAUAUUUUUUAAAAUUGCAGUCAGAGUACAACUAAUUUUACUUGAAUAUGAGAAGUACCUGCAUCCAAGUCUGCUUUGGAUCCUAACCAUUUGACAAUACCGGCACUCCUUUGCCAGCAUUAAUGAGAGAUCUUAUCUGAGUUAUUAAAGGCUCAGGAAAUCUGCUUCUUCCGAAGAUAACAUCAUUUGCCAGCAUUUGUCACCGUUGGACUCACUGCAUUAGUGAAUUAGCAAAUGACAGUGCUCGCAAAAGCUAGCAGCGCUCCAAAAUUGAUGGCAAUCAAACUAAUGUCAAUGUAUCCAUGACCUUUUAUAAAAUUCAUCUCACUAUCUCCUCAUAGAAUUAGGGAAAAAAGGAUCUAAAAUGGAAUUUCCUUAGGUGGUGUAUGGGGAGGACUUCAAUGUGACUUUGUCUUCCUUGCUGAAGUGCUAGGGUGGACAACGACCAAAGCAUCCUUUGUGGCUGAUAAAGAAAAUAGGUAGUAUUAAUAGAAUAGUGAGUAACGAUUAAGUGACAGCACAUCCACAACAUGGUUCUUUUUCUGUAAUUCCUGAUCAAAUUGAAUUUUGAGUUGUUGGUUUUUGAGGAGAGGAGAAACCGCGCUAUCCAGAGAAAAACCUCUGGGAGCAGGGUGCAAAACCUCCAAUAAACCUAUCCCACCCCACUUGUGUUCUAGCCUCCAGAACACAGAACCUUCAAACCUGGGCCACACUGAUGGGAGGUGAGAGCUCUCAUCACUGUGUCACCCUUGCUAUCCUUUAAACUUAUGAAAUAUGGUAGGAUGGCAAAAAUAAUAUUCACCAUUUCACUAAUGAUACAUUUAUGUGUCUGUUUCAGCCUGAAGUCAUACACACUUCAUUGGCAGCCAUCAGGUUUGAGUUAAAGCUUUUGUAGUUCUUAUUCAUAAUUACCAGUUACAUAGUUAAUUGUACCAUAGUUAGGUAACCACGGUAAUACUAGAAGCCAGGGCAGACUCCAUUAGUUUUAACAUACUGUGACUAAAGAAAAGUGUGCACUGUUAAUAGACUUUUCCCGAUCCCGAUGAACAAACAGUCGUGAAGCAGUGAACGGCGUUUUCUGGCAAAUUCUCAAGGAAUCAUUAGGUUCAUCAAAAAUCACCUCUGCGAGAUGAUUCAAACUUGCCGACCGUAUUUUUACAAAGCACAAAACUCCAGUAACAAAGAUGCAUUGAACCAAGGCUGCUUAUUUCCCAUUUGACCGUGGAUUUAUUUUUAUUUUUCUUCUCAGGCCAUAUCAUACACUGUUAUUUUUAGUGGAUGAGGGAUAUCUUGUGGCGUCCCUCCCAGGGGACUGUUCCCCGGCAGUCACCAGGCUUGUACGAAUGGCUAGUCCAUUGAAGAGGUAUACAGCUAACGUGCAAUUAAAAUAGUCUCAAGAAAAGAUUACUUAUCUGAAAACUAUAAGCAGUCUCUGUUUAAUAUGACGAAUAUUAAUAGCAAUAGUGAUAGUAUAUAUUAUAAGACGAGUCUAUUAGAUCACAAGUAAUGACUAACCAAACUGAAUAUAUUGUGCAAAGUCAUCCUGCAGUACUCUGUGAAUAUUGUAUUUUAGACUAAUCGAACUUUAAUUUGUGUUUUUCCUCCUCAACAGCUUUCAGACGCUAUCGCAAGACACUGACAUUCCCCUUUCUCAGGUCUGCAAAAGACAGUUGUCCUUAACUUAGACCUUCUCAGGGCUUUGUCACUCGUUUCUGAAGCCCUUAGUAGGUCUGAGUAGAGGACCCCCCCCCCCCCCCCCAUACUUUUUGACCAGUCCCUUAUUAAAACCUAUCAUGUGUACAUGUGUUUCGUGAGCCCCUUUGACCAUACAGGGCAGUGAGUUCUUUAUGAAGUGCGGGCCAAUUAGAACACUUGUGACAUGGGCAUGAAGUUGUAGCCUCGCACGCAUACGUUCUUAGGGGUUCGUCACGCGUUCCUGGGGAGGAUUGCGUGACGAGAAGUUAUAAAGCACAUCUAGUCAACUUACAGUUAAUCAAAGGAGAAAUUUUAUGAAGCGCAUGUUAUAUAUACCAAUCAUCUAUUAAACAAUUUUUUUUUUGUUGCAGCUCAUCACCACUCGUCGAAGAGUUCACGUCAAGGUUUCCGCGCAUGUCACUGCACAACGUGCUGUCGGAAUUCUCGUUACCAGCUCCUCUCAGUGAACACAAUAAUCCCCUGGGGUUACCACAGCAGCAGGUAUUUCUGAGCUGGUACAAAACUUGCCCAGUUAAUUGUUCACCGCCGCCUUGUUAGCUCAGCUGGCAGAGCGCCGGUCUGCUGGGCGGGAAGUCGCGGGUUCAAACCCCGUCGAGACCAACACUCAGGAUCUGAGAAGAAAGUGCUGUCUUUUUAGUGACAUCUUGCGAACAGUUAGACUUUCCAGUCUUCUCAGAUAAAGAGGAAAAACCGUAGGUCCGGUCUCACAGCACUUUCACUGAAUAUCUGGUUCUUGUUGGACGUAAAAGAACCCACACCACUGUUCGAAAAGAGUGGGGGACGUAGACCCUGGUGGUGUGACCAAUCAUUCCCAGUCUGAAUCAUUCCUAAGCUGGGUCGGGUUAAUUGUAAACUCUCAAUUUUUUUUUCACGAUUUCUGUGUAUUCCUGAAAAUGGGCAAACAUAGUGAUUUUCGAAUUAGUUCCUUCCAAGUAGAAGGUGCAUGACGAAUUUUACAGUUUAACAGAAAAACUCAAAAAUAUUUUAAAGAGUUUAUAUGGUUUUGGAGGACGCUGUCACAAAAUUACAGACGUUUGUAUCAGGAUCUUUAACCAUGUUUCAAGAGUCAUAACUUGAUCCCUGUUCAACCUUAGAUAGAGCACCAAACUUGGUCAAAUAACCAAUCUUAACGUGACCUUUUAUAUGGUGGUACCAGUUUAUCGAUUAGGUGAAAUUUGAAACUCGCCCCAGCUCCCUACGCAACUCCGAAAUGGCCGAUAGGGGAAACAACGCCCCCCACUGCUUCUUCAGUCGACAUACCACAGAUAAUCUUGAAGGAACCUAAUUCUCGCGGGAAAAAAAUACAUAACCGUAACAGAUACACAGAAAAGAGGUGGAGAAUUAGGAAACGUUUCCCCAAGCGUCAGAUGUAACAAGUGCAAUUAAGAAAUUAUUAAUAAAUAGCUACAACUGGCGAUAAAAUUAGUCUAGACACUCAACUAUACCCUCAUCGACAUUUCUUUCGUUCUGCCGAUACUUUCCACUUCAAAAGGAAAAAUAAGCCGUUCCUCCUCCACGCCCCCCUCCCCCGCUACAAACGAUGUUUAAAAUAUUCAAUAAUGAUUGUCCGACGUACCUUCGGGAGCGGUUUCAUAGAACCUCUGAAAUUCAUGACUAAAAUUUGAGGGGUUCUAACUAUGAUCUCCAACUACCACUACCUAAAACAAAUUUUCUCAAGCGCUCAUUUUCUUAUCGGGGUGCAAUGGCUUGGAACCAACUGUCAAAUGAAACACGUGAGAUGGGGGAUCUAAGCUUUCAGACGCUAUCGCAAGACACUGACAUUCCCCUUUCUCAGGUCUGCAAAAGACAGUUGUCCUUAACUUAGACCUUCUCAGGGCUUUGUCACUCGUUUCUGAAGCCCUUAGUAGGUCUGAGUAGAGGAGGCCAUUAUUUUUAAAUGUUCUUUUUUAGAAUUUUUUUUAAAUUAAAAACAAGACUUCCCUAUGGUAAGUCAUGUUUUCAUGAUUUGUUUAAAAAAAUUAGUUAAUCAGCCAAUCAGGAUUGCGAACUAAAAACAAAACCACCCAUGACUUUUCCCGCAUUUACUUUCCUGUUCAGAGGAAAAUAAAGGACUCUUCGUUAUCUAUGAUUUUAUCACACUCAUUUCAUGUCAUUUCAUAACCACUUUAAAAUCGCGUGUAUCACUUCAAUCAAUGAUGAGAUAUGAGCUGAGUGCGCGGAAAAGUCAUUGUCGCGAUUAUUUCUGCCUCUGAUUAGCUAACAAAGUGGCGUGUAGCUUUGCAUUGGUUGUUUCUAGACCAAUCAAAAACAGAGCAUUUGAUUUGGUUGCGUUCAUGCGCAGUUUUCUCAGGGAAAGACGAAAAUCACGCAUGAAGUAGCUGGAAAAAUUGGGAGCACCACGCAGAUCGCAGAAUGAAUAAUUGUUGGUUCAAUUAGCUAACAAAAGCAUAGAUGAAUGACCCAAACAUUGUCCUAACCGUAAAAAAAAAAAACAAUAGUAGGCGUGUUUUCAAUUGGCAGAGAAAAGAGAGGUAUCUGAGAGCUUCGUGGCUUCGGAAAAAUUGCAUCAAUUUUUGAGCAGUCUUCUCCGGAUUCUCCGACCGUUUAAGGCUCCCUCAAUCCAUCUUCGCCUAGUUCUCAGGCCUCAAACUUUUCGGAUAGGUCACAUGAUGCGACUUCAGUAUCGGUUACGUCACCAAAAUGAAUUGACCGUGCGGGCUCAGUUGCGGACCUGAAGAAAGGCUUUGGAAACUAGGAAAGGACCGUCAAAGAAUCAUACUACCUGCUCAUUUGCGACCUUUUUUUAUUAGCGAGCUUAAGAGACGAGAGCGUUGAUGUCUCGCAAGUUAAAAAUAACAAUCGGAAGUUGAGCUUUUCUCUUUUUCGGUGGUCUGUCUCGAUUACUUCAUACUGCAAGAGUAUAACCAAAAGCUUUGAAGCAUGUUGUGUCAGGAGCGUUAAAUCAUGUUAAAAAAAACAAGUUUUUUCCUAGCCAUUCAUGACAUCCGGGACGUGAGCGUUCUUGUUACUUAAGCUCGCAGUCUACGGUAUGUGGCUUUUUAUCCUGAGAGAAUCCUUCAACUUCAGUUGAUUUAUUUUAAAGUACAUGUAUUUUUUUUUCAGGUAUUCGCCAUAGCAGCUCAUCUAGUUUAUUGGGGAAUGGCUACUAUUGUGUACCCUCUCUGUGAGAGUAACGUGUAUGUUGUCGCACCCAACUCCUCUGUAAACGUGUAAGUCUGUCCAAAAUGCGCGUACCUCACGGCUGUACAUCUCGUCUGGUUUUUCCAGUUUUGUGUAUUGUACUCUUUCUGUAAGACUGGGGUACUUUAUUAAAACCUAUCAUGUGUACAUGUGUUUCGUGAGCCCCUUUGACCAUACAGGGCAGUGUGUUCUUUAUGAAGUGCGGGCCAGUUAGAACACUUGUGACCUGGGCGUGAAGUUGUAGCCUCGCACGCAUACGUUCUUAGGGGUUAGUCACGCGUUCCUGGGGAGGAUUGCGUGACCAGCCCAAAAAACGUCUGAAUGGGAGGCUAUAUCUAGAAGUUAUAAAGCACAUCUAGUCAACUUACAAUUAAUCAAAGGAGAAAAUUUAUGAAGCGCAUGUUAUAUAUACCAAUCAUCUAUUAAACAAUUUCUCUUGUUGCAGCUCAUCACCACUCGUCGAAGAGUUUACGUCAAGGUUUCCGCGCAUGUCACUGCACAACGUGCUGUCGGAAUUCUCGUUACCAGCUCCUCUCAGUGAACACAAUAAUCCCCUGGGGUUACCACAGCAGCAGGUAUUUUUGAGCUGGUACAAAACUAGUCUGCUACACAGCCGUUUUUAGUGAGCGUUGCGUGACGACACUAAAAACGGCUGUGUAGCAGACUAGUACAAAACUUGUCCAGUUUAUUGUUCACCGUCGCCUGGUUAGCUCAGUUGGCAGAGCGCCGGUCUGUUGGGCGGGAGGUCGCGGGUUCAAACCCCGGCCGGACCAACACUCAGGUUCUUUUAAUCACUGAGAAGAAAGUGUUGCCUUUAUAGUGACAUCUUGCAAACAGUUAGACUUUGCAGUCUUCUCAGAUAAGGACGAAAAACCGUAGGUUCCGUCUCACAGCACUUUCACUGAAUAUCUGGUUCUUGUGGGACGUAAAAGAACCCACACCACUGUUCGAAAAGAGUGGGGGACAUAGACCCCGGUGGUGUGGCCAAUCUCUCCUAAGCUGGGUCGGGUUAAUUGUAAACUCUCAAUUUUUUUCACGAUUUCUGUGAUAUUCCUGAAAAUGGGCAAACACAGGGAUUUUCGAAUUAUUUCCUUCCAAGUAGAAGGUGCAUGACGAAUUUUACAGUUUGACAGAAAAACUCAAAAUAUUUUAAAGAGUUUAUAGGGUUUUGGAGGAUGCUGUCACAAAAUUACAGACGUUUGUAUGGAUCUUUAACCAUGUUUCAAGAGUCAUUACUUGAUCCCUGUUCAACCUUAGAUAGACACCAAACUUUGUCAAAUAACCAAUCUUAACAUGACCUUCUAUAUGGUGGUACCAGUAAAUCGAUUAGUUUAAAUUUGAAACACGCCCCAGUUCCCUACGCAACUCCGAAGUGGCCGAUAGGGGAAACAACGCCCCCCACUGCUUCUUCAGUCGACAUACCACAGAUGAUCUUGAAGGAACCUAAUUCUCGCGGAAAAAAUACAUAACCGUAACAGAUACACAGAAAAGAGGUAGAGAACUAGGAAACGUUUCCCCAAGCGUCAGAUGUAACAAGUGCAAUUAAGAAAUUAUUAAUAAAUAGCUACAAUUGGCGAUAAAAUUAGUCUAGACACUCAACUAUGCCCUCGUCGACAUUUCUUUCGUUCUGCCGAUACUUUCCAUUUCAAAAGGAAAAACAAGCCGUUCCUCCUCCACGCCCCCCUCCCCCGCUACAAACGAUGUUGUGCUGCUGCUCAGCCGCUUGUAUCCGGGAAACAACAACCAAGUCAACAUUGGUUAUGGUAGGGGGAAUGGGUCCAGAUUGUUUUUCGAACUGUAGCUCACUGUACGUUGCUGCAAUUCCACUAUUCUUUCAAUUCAAGUUUUCCUUCCUCUCCUUUUGGCCAUAAAACAUUCUAUGUUAUUCGCCCUCUUAAUCAUGGUUUUUGGAAUGGUACAUGACAUACUUUUUAUUCCUUCCUUUCAAAAGGCUUUUUUUGUCCAAUUUUAGGCGGAACAGGUGCAAAUGGUAGUGUGGAUGUUGCAACGAAGAUUAUUAAUACAGGUAUUUUACACGUAGGAGUGAUCAAUCGUAUUGUGCGUGGAACUGUUACAUAUAGUUAUAGCAGACCAGGGUGGAUAUUUGCCCUGUACCAAACCUUAACUGGGGCGAUUUUCAGUUGAAUGGUCAUCUUUUAGUGAGCAGUAUUACAAAAUGUGGUUGGGACGCCACCAAGCAUUAGCGAUGUGUUCUUGCUCUGAAAAAAGAAAUCACGGCCUUAGUGCAAAACUUCUUUUAACCCUGCUUUUAACUGAAAAAAAAGUUUACAACGUGUUAGCAAAAGGUCAGACACGAAAGUGGACUUUCUGACGUUUUAAUGACAUUUUGUUUUCUUUUUUCCUAUUUUACACUGCGGAGUAAAGGUGGAGCAAAGAUUGGAAUAGUUCUUUGAUUAGCUGAACAGUACGACGGUAUGGUCGACGGAAUUUCCUUUCGGUAAACCUCCCGAAAACAGGGUCCCUUAUGGUACGCUUGAGACUGAAUUCUGAUUGUCAGUUUGUUUAUCUCUUCAGCUACACACCUAUGUGUUUCUGGUACCCACGGCCCAAUUUGAACAAAGCAGUGGGCACAGAGUGCGUUGGAUAUUCGGAGAUAGUUUUCCGGAUGGUCUGUCAUCAUUAGCCGAUAACCAACAUGAGCCUGCCGAGGAUGAAAUAAACCCCGAGCUGGAAGAGGAACUAAAGGAUCUGACGUACGCUGAAAGGAAAAGUGUGCUUCAAGUGCCCGCUGCGUUGAAUCCCGAAGACAUGAAGUUAUUUACAAGGUAGGAGAAGAAAAUGGGAUUCUGUGGUAUUGAGAGGGUUCUCUGGCGUGUGUUUUUUUUUUUCGCGUUUUUCAGGCGAGCAAAGGCAAGCGCAAGAGUGAGCAAGGAGCGCCAGACACGCACGCAGCGCGUGUCUGUCCCUCCACGCUCACCCACGCCGGUCUCGUGCUCGCCUGAAAAACGCGAAAAACCCAAUGUGGUAAAGAGGUCACGGUCUUGCACUGUACUAGAAGGCUGAGGUAUCUCUUCCUUCCCCGCAGUGGUUCAGUGGGAUGUUAUGAGACUUCCACUACCUCUGUCGACUGCUGAGGGAAAACUGAACGACUCAGCAGAUUCUAUUCUCCAAUCUUCUGGCUACGCCAGGGACCCGCCCUCUAGCCUGCAGGCUUUUAAUAUGAGCCAAGCGAGGUGAACGCGGAAUUUCGCGCGAAGCGCGACAUGCACGAGACACGAAAUUAAGCGCUGAUAAAGCGUCUGUUAUAUGCAGGCUACCUGCCCUCUGACCAAAACUCCAGAGGACUCUGGGUACAAGAUUGCAGAUUCUUAGGCUCUGCGGUCGAGUGAGUACCAGAAUCAAACGGACACAAUCUUAGACUUUCUUCAGAUGAUCUUCAAGGUUAUAAUUCAAAACCUUCAGACUAGCAAUACAUCAGCUUCUCAGAAUAACAAUCAGAGACAACAUCAGAAAACAAUCAGAAUUUUCGAGGCAGAGAAAAUUUCGUGGGGGGUGGGAUUUUCCAAAACGAAAACACGUGAUACUGACGUCAUAUUGAGUCCUAGAUUCCCAUAGUAUCUAAUGCUAUUGCUCCUAUUUUCUGAAGUUUGGAAUUAUAUUCCCCAGGCUGACACCUUAUGAAUCCUGAAGACAUGAAGUUAUUUACAAGGUAGGAGAAGAGAAUGGGAUUCUGUGGUAUUGAGAGGGUUCUCUGGCGUGUUUUUUUUUUCGCGUUUUUCAGGCGAGCAAAGGCAAGCGCAAGAGUGAGCAAGGUGCGCUGUGUGUCCCUCCACGCUCACCCACGCCGGCCUCGUGCUCGCCUGAAAAACGCGAAAAACAAAACCCUUUUUGUAGGCUAACUUCUCAUACUUCUCAUACCCCACCAUACAGUCUGUAACAUUUCCUGGCUUACAGAGCUUUUUCAUCGUUUAUAAUUUUCAACAAAUCUCACUCAAGCUUGGCAACUUGAAUGUUUUCGAGGCGUUCUUUCCAGCCUCAUCGACGGAGGGGUCUGUUUAGGGCUUUUACUCGAGGAAGUACCAAAAACAGUACCAAAUUUCAGCCAGAUUAUUGGUAGCGUGCGUGGCACGCGUUCGAAAUGAAAAGGGAAUAUUGGGCGCGUGAGAAGCGCGAAGGUCCGCCCGCGAGGAAGGAGGGUUGGGGCGGGGUUUUCCCACGCGCGCGGUCUCGCGCCCCAAUUCCCUUCUUCUUUUCUUUCGAACGGCUGCCAUGCACCCGUGCUGGAUUCUUCCUAUGCUAUCUUCACUAUCACCACGCAUCCCCAGCGUUGUUGUGAAAUUUCUGUUUGGCGGCUCUCCGAAUCUUAUUGCGCCUUUACUUUUGGAUGUAAAAUGAUACGGCAAGCCAUCAUGUCACAUGAAGUAAAUUUCAUACACGUUUUCCCCGGGUAGGAAAUUUUAAAGUCCUUACGUUGUUCGAGCAGGUUUUCUGUUUUUAGUGUCGUUUCUGCAUAGACUUGUUCGUAGUCCUGAAAUGAACCCGUUUUUCCAGGGGAGUCUGAAGCCUGGAAUGACUAUAAAUUGGGAAUUAUUUUUUCUUCGUGUGAUGUCCCAGCGUCCUCAAGACCACCGACCAUCAGAUCACAUUACAUCACUUUAUUAUAGAAAAACAUAUAAACUAAAACUGGGAACAAGGGUAGCUUUUGUCACUAAUAAAAUUUCUUCUCCUUGAGAGCUCCGCAGGUACCUUUGAAGUCUUGUUUUAUUCCCACCCCAAAGCUUUGAAACGUUUCGCCAUUUAAUUCAAUGGGCAUACUUCUCGUAGAACUGAACUAAACGCAAUGUGUAACGAGGGCUUGCACUGUGUUAGUAGGCUGAGGUACCUCUCUCUUCCCCCCAGUGGUUCGGUGGGAUGUUAUAGAACUUCCACUCCAUCUUUCGAGUGCAGACGUAAAAAGUGAACGACUCAGCAGAUUCUGUUCUCCAAUCUUGCAUCCAUAGUCUUCUGGCUACGCUAGGGACCUGCCUCUAGCCUGCAUAACAGGCGCUUUACGAGCCAAGCGAAGUGAAUGCGGAAUUUCGCGCAAAUCGCGACAUGCGCGAGACGCGAAAUUCCGCGCUGAUAAAGCGCCUGUUAUGCAGGCUACCUGCCCUCUGACCAAAACUCCAGAGGACUCUGGGUACAAGAUUGCAGAUUCUUAGGCUCUGCGGUUGAGUGAGUACCUGAAUAAAACGGACACAAUCUUAGACUUUCUCUCAGAUGAUCUUCAAGGUUAAAAUUCAAAACCUUCAGACUAACAAUACAUCAGCUUCUCAGAAUAACAAUCAGAGACAACAUCAGAAAACAAUCAGAAUCUUCGAGGCACAGAAAAUUUCUUGGGGGGUGGGAUUUUCCAAAACGAAAACACGUGAUACUGACGUCAUAUUGAGUCCUAGAUUCCCAUAGUAUCUAAUGCUAUUGCUCCUAUUUUCUGAAGUUUGGAAUUAUAUUCCCCAGGCUGACACCUUACUUGAGAGGAAAACAGCAUUUGGAAGAAGUCAUGUAUUACGAGAACCUGCGAAGAUCCCAGCUCCUAACACUGCUGGAUAAAUUCAGAGAUGUUCUUUUCUUAUGCCAGCAUGAAGACCCAGUAACCCAAUAUUUCUACAGCAGUUGAUACGUUUCGUUUUGUAACAGUCGAGGAGGGUACAAGAGUGUUUUGUUGCCAAGUGACCAUGAUGAAUAAUGUGAGAAACAUUUUGUCCAUUUUGGAAUCGGCAGAUUCACCCAACAGCCGCGUCUGCCGUAUUUGUAAUAGACCCUCCAACGUUUUUUUUAGACAGGGAUCAGUUAGCGAAAAUCCGUCAACACGGCUAAAAAGAACAAAAUAAAUAUUGUAAUUGAUUAAGGCGCUCUUUCUAGCAGUGUCAUUGGAUAUUCGCGUCGCUAAAAAAAAAAAAUAAAUAAAAUAAUAAUAAUAAUAACAAUAAUAAUAAUAAUAAUAAUAAUAAUAAUAAUAAUAAUAAUAAUAAUAAUAAUAAUAAUAAUAAACCUUGGUAAGGUACACUGAGACUUGCUUGAAGUUGCUUUGAUAAAUUCCAUAAACGAUAAUCACUUCAGCC